GUCUGGCUUGGCUCUUGUCGCCUCCCGUAGUUUACCAACGCGGAAGCUAAGACGAGUGGCUACAUCGCUAACCGGUAUUAGUGUUUUUAUCCCAAAUAUGCCCAUGGACAUUGACUGUUUUGAUACGUUUUUUAGUGGCGUAUAUAUUGAGGUGUAACACGCAGCUUGACGGAUUGUUCUGGUCAUGCGUGGCAGCUCCAGCUCUCCUUAUUUGUCGUCAGUGAGUUGUCCCAUUCAGAUACGUUUGUCGCUCCGUAAACAACCACAAUGAGAGUCCGCUCGUCUGUUUUCGCCUGCUUCAUUUUAAUAUUCGAAGUGGUCGGCGUAGCCCUGUUCCUGAGGGGAUUCUUCCCUGUUCCUGUUAAGUCUUCCUUGUCCUCCAAGAGCAGGCUGUCAGAUUUACCAGCGGAGCCGCUGGCAGGAAGUUCUCCCAACUCCACCCGCCUGCCCCAGCCCCUGUUCAGAAGGGUCGUUCUGAUGUUGGUGGAUGCCCUCCGAGAGGACUUUGUGUUUGGACCCACGGGGGGCUCUAAUAUGCCUUACACCAGGUAUCUGGUGGAGAAAGGCUCCUCCCACAGCUUCGUGGCCAAGGCGAGACCUCCAACUGUCACCAUGCCCAGGAUCAAGGCUCUCACCACUGGCAGCAUCCCAGGCUUCAUCGACGUGGUAAUGAACCUGAAUUCUCCCGCACUUCUGGAGGACAACCUCGUCUGGCAGGCCAAAACAGCAGGGAAGAGGAUCAUCUUCUACGGAGAUGACACAUGGGUCCGCCUCUUCCCAAAGCACUUCAUGGAGCACGAUGGAACAACCUCGUUUUUUGUGUCUGACUACACCGAGGUUGACAACAAUGUAACCCGCCACCUGGACAGUACCCUUAAGAGAGAUGACUGGGACAUUUUGAUCCUCCACUACCUGGGCCUGGACCACAUAGGCCAUAUCAGCGGACCCCACAGUUCACUCGUCCAACCCAAACUGCUCGAGAUGGACGACAUCUUGAAGAAGAUCCACAGUUCUCUUGUUUCUAAGGAGGCAGAGGGAUCUCUGCCCUACCUGCUGGUGCUGUGCGGAGACCACGGCAUGUCGGAGACCGGCAGUCACGGAGGCUCCUCGGAGCCAGAAGUCAACACACCCCUGGUGCUCGUCAGUCCAGCCUUCAAAAGAAAAGCGGGAAUGGAGACGCCCAGAGUGGUGGAGCAGGUUGACCUGGCACCAACACUGGCCCUGGGGCUCGGACUGCCCAUAUCUCAGAACAGUGUCGGCAGAGUCAUCCCCGGCAUCUUGGAGGAAACGUCGCUUCGAGACCAGCUGCGCUUCCUGCAUCUGAAUGGCCACCAGCUCAGCUGCCUGCUCCAAGACAGCAUGCCUGACUACAAGAAAGAGGCUGGCUUCGAACAGUUUCGUGUGGCAGAAAAGGCUCAUGGGAGCUGGAUGAAGCUCUACCUAGAAGGAAACACCUCUGAGGUGCUGACCAACAUGGGCAAAAAAGUCCUGAAGCAGUACCUGGAGGCGCUGGCUGCCAUGAGUUCUGCUCUGAGCAAACAGCUGGGCAAAUACGACAUGUACUCAAUGAUUGCAGGAAUGGUCUAUGUGUUCCAGCUCCUGUUGGUCUUACUGCUGGCUAUGCCUGAAGCCCUCAGCUGUGCCGCAGCGGUGGACCUUCCGGUCCUCUCCUCCCUGCUCUCCUUGCCUUUCUACCUCUUGUGCCUGCUCCUUGCCUCGGUGCACGUGUGGGUGUGCACAUCUGCAGAGAGCUCCUGUUACUUCUGCAGUCUCUCCUGGGGUCUCGUGUUUGCUGCUGUUGCCUUCUCCUCAGCGAUGUUUUGCAUUCUGAUCUCAGUAGCAACACGGAGACUCCCCCUUCGACCAGAGAUUCAUGGGAAGUCUCCUGUGAGGAGCUCUAGUGGGGAGUGGUCGCUGUCAGACCUAGAUGUUUUGCUGUUGGCAGGAACCAUCGGUCACACACUCAGCUUGGCAGCGAGCAGUUUUGUAGAAGAGGAGCAUCAAACCUGGUACUUCCUGCUCAACACGCUCUGUCUCGCCGUCUUCCAGGACGUGUGCAGAAAGUACUUCAGAGAACAGAGAGGCUCUGGAAAUGAGGAGGAGCAUCUCCUUCCUUCCAAGGACCGUCACUCCUCUGUUCACCCCAAACCAGAGAUCAUCUCAGAGAAAUGGUUAGCUCUGGCCACGCCACCCUUUACUCUGGUUUGCUGCCGGCUGCUUCGCUCCCUCAACCAAACAGGAGUUCAGUGGGCCCACCUCCCAGAUGUCAGUCAUUGGCUUAACAGCUCUGAACACAAGAUGAUGCUGUCCAUGCUGUCUGUGUUCUGCUUGCUCCUCAUCUACCUCCUGGUUCAAAGACACUGCUCGCUGGUCUCGAAGGUCGCCCUGGCGCUCGGACUCCUGGGCGUCUACAGCUACCGGGCAGCUGUGGGCAAUGUCCUGUUUCCCUGGCAACACUCCGGUCGAACCACGUCCAAGGGAACAGUGGAGGCACGCUUUGUUUACGUCUUCGUUCUGGGUAUCCUCUUCUCGGGCACCAAGGACCUGCUCAGAUCCCAGAUCAUCACUGCAGAUGCAAAGCUGAAGAGUAGGGGAUUGUGGGAGAUUUACAGUGGCCUGGUUUUGUUGGUUUCCCUCUUGUUUCGGGCCCAUAACCUGCCAGUGCUCUGCUGUGGCCUCUUGAUCCAGACACUUAUGGCUCAGUUUAUCUGGAAGAAACUCCACUAUGACGCAGCCCAGACCACCAUCAUGCACUACUGGUUUGGCCAAGCCUUCUUUUACUUUCAGGGCAACUCCAACAACAUCGGCACCGUCGACAUUUCUGUGGGCUUCGUUGGUUUGGAAAGCUACAUCGAAGCGCCUGCCAUCUUUUUAACAGCUCUCAGCACUUAUGCAGGUCCCUUGCUUUGGGCCUGUCACCUCGUCUGCUACCUGAGCUCAGAGAGAGAAAGGAGCCCGGUCGCCAUCAGCCACGGUUGCUACUGUUUGGCCCUGCUGAGGUCAGUGCCGGCUGCAGCCUACAUCGUCUUGGUGACCGUCCUGCGCUAUCACCUCUUCAUCUGGAGCGUUUUUUCACCCAAAUUACUCUACGAGUCCAUGCACCUGCUGCUGACUGCAGGAGUCUGUCUCUUCUUCAUCACAAUGGAGCAAAGCCCCAGCUCCAGCAAGUUUUAGGGAGGUAACACACUGAAGUUCAGGCAGGUCAGACGGAGACCAUCAGACUGCUGUUUCACAAUGGCUCUUCAGAAUGUGUGAAUAGAUAACCUAGGAAAUGUCUGUUUUCAGUAAAUACCGCUGCAACUCAUGGUUUUUUAUUUAAACACUUUUCUAUUUCUAAAAGAAAUUUGUUCAGGAUGAAUAAAAAUGUGAUGUAACAUGUUGAAAGAAAAACAAGUUUUUCCCUGUGAGAUAUGCAAACUUAAAGAAUAAAACCAGCUGUGUGAGUUGUUGAAGAACUUUGGUGUUAGGUUUUAUAGGAGAGCUGCGUGUGACAGCUGUUUCCACUCAUCCCGCCUGAACUUUAUAAGUCUAAAGUUGGGCCGAACAAGGCUGGAGACUCUCAGUUCCUCAGGCCCUGGAUUCUUUUUGAAACGAUGCGAAGAUCAGAGGUGAGAAUAACAAGAUCAAUCACGACCGUUUUUCAGUUAAAGGAUUCAGAUUCAGGAUCCUGCUGGGUUCCUAACGCCCAACACGGAUACUGGAAUCAAACCGUGUUAUUAAUAAUAGUUGUGUGUCCUACUGUGACUGAUCAAAGGGGCUGUGGUGGAUUUCUGAGGAGUUUCUGUUGUCUUGGCCUGAAGGUGCAGCAGGGCUAAGGAGAGUGUGAGAGAAAUGUCAGACACUCAGCCUGCGGACGCCCACCUAGAGCUCUAAAAAAGGGUCCAAUCGGGCAGCGUUAAUGAAAAUACCUGCGUGGGAGGAACACAGGAGUGCAGAGUGGGAGUUUUAAGAGACACUGCAGCCAUUUCUCUGUAGAACUUUUUCUAACAUCACAAAUAAUUGAUUAAAUUCCAGCUUUCUGUUUUUUUUUUUUUCCAUUGCACAAGUUGGUCAUAUUUGUUUAUUAAGCUUUGUUACAGACUUGUUCAGACAUAUCUAAGAUAGAACCUGUGAGAAACAGCUGUCAGUUACUGUGAAAAUGUUUAUUCCUCUUAAACCUUUCGUUUUGUCAAGUUAAAACCUAUUAGGAUUUUAUGCAGUAUAUCAACAUAAAGUUGUGUGUAGUUAUGAAGUUAAAAAAUACACAUGAGAAAAGUGUGGCAUUCAUUUGUAUUCAGCUCCAUGAAGUUAAAAUAUUGUUGGACCACAUUUCACCGUGGCUAUAGCUGCCGUCUCUACCCAAAGCAUGAUGGUUCCACUUCCCUGUUUCACACUGGGGGUGUUGUGUUCAGGGUGAUGUGUAGAUGCAUCCAUCUUUCCAUCAACUCUGACAUCAUCCCUGUCCCUGCUGAAGAAAAUCAUCCCCACUAAAAUGUUCAUCUUUGUCUCAUUUGUUUCACAUGUUUACUAUGUAUCCUACAUCUGGAUCCUAUAGACUGAACUUAUUGUUUUAUUUUAACAGAGGCUUUCUCCUUAAAGGCCAGAUUUGUGCAAAUUAAUAGUUGUCUGCCGACAGAUUCUCCCACCUGAGUUGUGGAUUUCCACAACUCCUCCAGAGUUACCAUUGGCCCCUUGGCUGCUUCUCUGAAUAAUGCUUUCAUGCCUGGAUAUUUUAUUUUGGGGUCUUAAUGUUAAAAAGGGCGAAAUACAAAUGCAAGCCACCCACUUUUCAGAUUUCUUUCCAAUACAUGGCCAUCCAUCUAAAAUAUAUAUGACAUUCAUUGUGCUUCAUAGCUAUGCAGUACUUGUGUUGGUCUGUUGCAGGAAAUCCCAGAAUAAUACAUUAAGCUUUGAAGGUUUUAAUGUGACAAAAUGUGAAAAGCUUUAAGCAGUAUGAACACGUUUGCAAGUUACUCUUGAAGUUAUUGUCAACUUCCAGAGGAAGGGUCUUUUUUGGCUUUAUUUGAGAUUAUCCUGUUUUUUUGGGGGGGGUUUUUUCGAUUUGUUUGCAAAAUUAAUGUGAGUAAUCAUUUCCGGAGUCGGAAAAUGAACUUCAGAUCCAAACUUUUUCAACUCAUUGUGUCUUUCAAUCACAAACCAAAGUAGAACUGGCCAAUUAGGCAGCUUUGAUCCAAAGAAAUAAGAGCAGCAGGGAAACGGCAAACAGUGGAAGUUUUGAUGUUCAGCUUUAUGUCAUUUGAGUAAUAAGAGCCACACGUGAAGCAAGAUCUUAGUCUGUCUGUGCUGUUAUUUUAGUUUGCAUCAAUGAUCUGAAGGAAUCUCUCCAACUACUUCAGGGCACUGCGUUGAUUACAAUCUGCCAGCUCCAACAUCUACCCCUGAACAAAAAAAUAAAGAAACGAGCUGAAGGAUGUAGCAUCAGAGCAACUGUUUGCAAAGUUUCACCUCCAGGCAGAGAAGCCAAUUGUUCAUUUUCCACCGCCAACACUUGUCACUCAGCCUGACGAGCCGCCUGCCUUGUGGAAUAGCAUCUCGCCCGAGGCAGAGAUCCCCGACAUCCUGCAAGCCUGCCACAGGCAUCGUGGAAGCAGGUGCCACGCCUGGUGACGGGGCAUUCAGUGUGUGUGCUCCUGCACAGAUUCCACCUGAUCCGAAUGGAGCUCCGGCCUUUGUUUUCACUGCAGCUCACCUUGACUGGGAGCUCAUCACCCUGUGCGUUGGCAGAGAAAUGGAAUGCAAAUGUCCUGAGUUUCAUCAGAAAGCAGGAUUUCCUCUGAAGUUCAGUGUUUGUGGCAGAGACACGCUGCAUAUGGAUCACUGCCGGUCGGGUCCUCUCCACCGGAGGAAAGACAUGUUUAGCUGUAAGGGAGUCGGGGCUCAAAGUUAAACUGACCCUCUUCAAAUUGGCAGAACACUAUUGUCUAGUCCCUUUUCCGCUCUUUAGCUCAACAGGGAAUCUCAGCCAGACUUCAAACAAAGUCUGCUAUAAAUAGUUUAUGAGCCAGAUAAUAAUCUAAAUGACUCUGUGGAUUAGUCUGUCAGUGCUCAGUAUGCUCCACAUCUCUGUCCAACAAGCUCUGCAUUGUCUUUACAAACUGAGCAGCUAAUCCACGCAGAUGCCAUGGAGAAUGUCUUUUUGGAGGUGAUGAUCAAGCAUGGUCGGUUUCCCAACAACACCACUAACCACAUCAGUUACUGUUACUGGUAAACAUGGCAAAUCAUAAACUAGUAGGAGCAGCAGAGUAAUAGAAAACCAACAGUCAUGAUGAACAUGAUUAACUUAUUUGAGGAGGACAAUAGGCUGCUUACCUAAAAUGAUCUCAAAUGCUUGAAAAAUCAAACCAAAACCGCAAAGACAUGGAAAAAAACAAAUAACUAUCAUUCCAGUAGAUUGAAGGAUAUAAAAAAUGUACUUUUGAAGACUCAUCCAAUGAUCAGUAGCAAGGGGAUCGAGGUACGUCUACAGUAACCUGUGUGUGGUGUAACAAUAGGAGCUAUGUGAAGCAAAACUGUCAGCAAAAAGCCCCAGCAGAACCCCACAGCUGGAAAAACAAGAAAUUACAAUUUGGCAAAGAACACAUUGUUUGGCCUAAGCAGAAAUGGUGCAGACAGUUUGUCAUAUGAUCCUCAAAUGCUGAAUUCAAGUCACAGUACACAGGGCAGCAUGGUGGUUCAGGCAUUAUGGUAUGGCGGUGUUUCUGAUGCUAUGAUGUCAUGCCUAUUUAUUGCAUGGCAAGGGUUAUGGCUCAUUGUGCUUCAUGUUGAUGAGGAAAUGCCCUUAAAAUGCCCCAAACACACCAAUAAACUUGCAGCAACUAGUUUUCAGAUCAACAAGGUUGAUGUUAAGAAGUGGCUAACCUAAUCCCUGGACCUUAAUCCAUUAGAAAACCUUCGGGGUGACAUCAGACCCCACAGGAAAUGGAGAGACACUGUGGAAUCUGCAGCCAUCUAAUCAUCCUGGGCUGGAACACCUGUUUGCAGGAGCCAGAAGUUGGUCGAGUCCAUGCAACACAGAUGUGAAGCAGUUCUCGGAAAGGUUAUACAACUAAAUAUUAAUUCAGGGUUUAAGUGGGGAGCUUAAUAUUUUAAUUUUGAUUUUUUUUUUUUUUUCUCCUUCUGUAAACAUUUUUCUUCAUGUUUUGCUUUGGAAUAAAAUGAGCUGCAUUUCCAUUCUAUUUGUGUGCAUGGGAAAAAAAAAACAUACCCUCUUGUUUUGCUUUGGAAUAGAAAGUGCAUUAGGAUUGUGUGUAUGGAAAUUAAAGCUAUAAUAUGUAUUUUGAGCUUUACUUGCUAUUAUUUUGAACACAGCUGUAUAUAUUUUCCCAGGACGAUAUUGAUUUUCUGUUCUAAGAGAUAAAAAUGAUUGUUAUGGACUUCUCAGAGGGUUUCUGUGCUGCUGAAGAUGAAUUAUGCUCGAUGGCGUAACAUUCAUCUGCAUCUCAUUAGUGUCCUUGCACUAAAUAAAAAAUCCUUGGCUUUGUUUAAUACAGCUGAGCAGUUCUGUAUGUAGGCUGAGAAGCUUCCGCAAUGUUUUGGGGGACUGAGUUUGUUUUUAGUAGGGUCUUUAUUUUAGUGGAUCCAGUUGUACUUGUUUUCAAAGGUCCCAGAUCAUCUCUUAAAAAGACGAGGUCUGGUUUCUGUCCCUGAAACACUGCGCUGCCAUGUAGCAGACAUCCUGAAUCUAAUAUUUUGCAGACGGCCUCUCUUCUGUUGCGUCUCCCAGCUGCAGAUCGUCUGUAAGCUGGUCUGCACCGGUGCAAGAAGCCUCAGAGCGUCCUCUGACAAAUCUGAUGGGGCUGACACUUUGUGAAAUCACUCCUCUGUAUCUAAAAUACCCAGCAGCCCGUGAAAUGGAUCAGAAUAAUUGUUUUGUUCACAUGGCUGAAAGCUCUCACAUGUCACAUCGACACGAGGCUGUUUUAUUUUCUGCUCAUUCUCCCUUCAGAGGAAGAACCUCUUAUUUUGUGUUGUUAACCACAGCAGGAUUUUUAGUUAGUUUGUUUAGUUUCAUGCAGAAUCUCCUGCAGUGUCUCGCAAAAAUAUUCAAAGCCGUGAAUUUUGUCACAUUACCGCAACAAGCUUCAAUGGAUUUGUAUGAAAACUAAUAUUAAGUAGAGCGUAACUGUGAAGUGGAAGGAAAAUGAUCCAUGGUGUUUAAAGUUUCUUUAUAAAUAAAAUCUUUGCAACUCCUCCAGAGUUCCCAAGGGCCUCUUGGGUGCUUUUCAGACUAAUGGUUGGGCUGGAUUUUAUUUGGCGGUAUCAGCUUCUUAUUUGUACGGAGCCCUGCAAGUUUCAGCGGGUAAAAAAAAGAAAAAACAAUGCUGGUGGAAAUCCGUGCUCACGCUUAACUAAACUCUGCACGCCGUUUUGUAAUCUGUGCCCGCAGAUUGCAAAACAGAGCAGUUUAUCACAGCGUGAGCACAGAUUUCCACCAGCAUUGUUUUUGUUUACACUUGCUGGGCUUCGUAUGUUUGUAGAACAUGUUCAUGUUCUUUUCACUUCAGUUAUCUAAUACCGCAAGUUGGCUUAUCAAAUUAAACCACAAUAUAUAUAUUGGCGUGGCUGCAACACGUGCAUAAUUUCUAGGGGUUUGAAUACUUUUGCAAGACACUCUUGAAUGAGCACAAAAAUGUUUAAUGUUCUGUCCUUUUAAUAGAAACUAUGCAACUCAUGCCGUUUGUUUCCUGGUGGCGUUUGAGGUGUUAAUGGUAUUAAAGUUGUUAUUUUUGCCUGCUUAAAUGUCCAUAAUAUCUGAGGAUGAGUAUAUGUUUUUGUUUAAUGGAAGAAAGGUAAAUUCUUUUUUCCCAAAUGACUUUUAUAAAGUUUUUUCUUUCUUAUGUUUAUCGAAAUAAAUAUUCUACAGCAUAACUCAA